AUGAUAAAGUGGCAAAACUGUGUUGUCCUUCGUUGGAUGGUGCUGAUGGUACUUGUAACAAAUAUCACGUGUUGGGAUGGUAUUUCCUCCAUCAAGUCCUUUUUUGAACCCAUCACGUGUAGAUUUGGAGGGGAGUGUUGUACAGAUGCGUACAUCAAACUGGAUAGAGAUGGCUUGCAGAGGUCCCUAGAAACACGGGUAUACGGCCAGCACUUGAGUCAAACAGCAAUACUCAAUCACUUUAGCGCCCAAGAUAGAAAUGUCUACACAACAAAAGCCCUGUCUCUCUCGUUCAACGGGGGAACAGGGACAGGUAAAAACCUUGUCAGCAGAAUUAUAGCUGAAAGCAUAUAUAGGAAGGGAAUGAAGAGCAAAUUCGUUCAUCUCAUCGCUUCAACAAAUGAAUUCCCUCAUCCGCAGAAGGUGAACGAGUAUAAGGAGGAACUAAAGGAGAAAAUAGAAAAGAGUGUAUCUAAAUGUGAACGCUCAAUGUUCAUAUUUGACGAGAUAGAUAAAAUGCCUGCCGGUCUCCUGGACGUGAUCAAGCCAUACCUCGACUUUUACGAAGACUUGAAUGGCGUUAACUACAGGAGAAGCACUUUCCUUUUUCUCAGUAACACAGGGAGUCGUGCCAUACAGCAAAGGACGAUAACCCAUUGGAGGGAGGGACUACCAAGAGAGCAGCUUCGGCUAGUAGAUAUGGAGAAGCUGAUCAUCAGACAAUCAGUGAACGAAAAGGGUAAGUUUAAAAGUGGACUAUGGCAUAGCGGUCUUCUCCUUCAUCAAAUGGUCUCCGCUCACAUCCCAUUUUUACCUUUAGAACGUAAACAUAUUCGCCAAUGCAUUAUCGACUGUCUCAUUGCACGAAAGUAUUUUCCAAAUCGUGACAAGGUAGUUGAUAGGGAUGUGCGUGAAAUUGCUUCUCAACUGUCAUACUAUCCAGAAAAGGAACAAUUAUUUUCAAUUACAGGGUGUAAACGAGUUUCGGACAAAGUGGAUUUCGUUAUGGCUGAUGACCUUUAUGAUAAAUACAAGGAACAAUUUAAUAUCUAG